AUGUCUAAAUGGGAACCAGUCUCUGUUCCCUACAAAUCUGAUACCCUCCCUCUUCCCCCAUUACCAACGACGGAAGAGAUCCUCAACUGCCCCAACGUUCUCUGGGAUAGAUCCUCAAAAGUCGUCGCCAUAAACGAUGAGAUCGUGGUCAAAUUCGGUGGGACUAAGACCUGGGAAGGCCAAGCACUGAUCUACCUUGAGCGUCACGUUCCCGAAGUCUCAGCACCCCGACUCUAUGCAAUGUACAAAGAAUGGGACGAGGAGUAUCAUUGCGAUCAAGUCUUUAUGAUCAUGCAGCGCGCUCCCGGAGUUCAGCUUGACACAAUUUGGGACUCGUUGACGGAGUCCGAGAAAGACGACAUCGUCUCCAAACUCAAGCAGAACUUCGAUAUUAUGCGAGAGGUCCAGUGCCCAUUCAGUUCUGAGGCUGGGGACUUCUUUGGUUCACUAGAUGGGGGAGCUCCGCCUCACUACCUAUUCUUCAGCCAAAAGGGAGACAAAAUCCUCUUGGGACCAUAUCACGGUGAAGAGGCGUUUAUUAAGGGGCUCGUGGAUAACUUUCGAGCGUUCACUAAGCGCAAUAGAAGGCCGGACUACAAGGUUCGCUAUUACGAGAAGUACUUGGCUCAGGUACUGAAAGGUCACCGGCCAAGGUUGACACAUGGAGAUGUUCAGCGGAAGAACAUCAUGGUCAACGAGAUUCCGAGCAGAAAGAACGACAAAGGAGAGCGGUCAUUCGAUGUUGUGCUUGUUGACUGGGUGAAUUCUGGUUGGUUUCCGGAGUACUGGGACUUCUUUUGUGCUUCGGCGCCGUUGAUCUUUGAGUACUGGGAAGAAGACUGGUGUUGGCGGGUUCAGGAAUUUCUUCAAGUUUUUCCUGCUGAGCUUGGUAUAAUGCGUAUGCUUGAUAAAGAUCUUGGUGGACUGUAA